UAAAUCCUCAAAGUGGAGCUUUGGUUUUUCGUUGGAAUAUACGUUGCACAUUUAUGGCGAUUCUGAGUGUGAGGGCAGACUUCUGCCAGGCUCAGCACAGCGUUUUUGCUGACAAGUGAGCUUGGGGGGUUCUAUGUGCCAUAAUUAAUAUUGCCUUGAAGACUCUGGACACCGAGACUGGCCUCAGAAAUAGUUGGCUUUUUUUUUUUAUUGCAAGCAUAUUUCUUUUAAUGACUCCAGUAAAAUUAAGCAUCAAGUAAACAAAAGUGGAAAGUAAUCUACACUUUUAACUUGUCUCACUAGUGCCUAAAUGUAGUAAAGGCUGCUUAAGUUUUGUAUGUAGUUGGAUGUUUUUGGAGUCCGAAGGUAUCCAUCUGCAGACAUUGAGGCCCAAGUUGAAUUUGGAUUCAAGUGGAUUCUGAAUACUUCUGCUUAUCUUGAAGAGAGAAGCUACUUAAAGAAUAAACACAUUGAAUAGAGAAAACACUGAUUGAUAAUAGGCAUUUUAGUGGUCUUUUUAAUGUUUUCUGCUGUGAAACAUUUCAAGAUUUAUUGAUUUUUUUGUUGUUUUCAUUUUCCCCAUCACACUCACUCACACACGCACGCUCACACUUUUUAUUUGCCAUAAUGAACCGUCCAGCCCCUGUGGAGAUCUCCUAUGAGAACAUGCGUUUUCUGAUUACUCACAACCCUACCAAUGCUACCCUCAACAAGUUCACAGAGGAACUUAAGAAGUAUGGAGUGACAACUUUGGUUCGAGUUUGUGAUGCUACAUACGAUAAAGCUCCAGUUGAAAAAGAAGGAAUCCAUGUUCUAGAUUGGCCAUUUGAUGAUGGUGCGCCACCCCCUAAUCAGAUAGUGGACGAUUGGCUAAACCUAUUAAAAACCAAAUUUCGUGAAGAACCAGGUUGCUGUGUUGCAGUGCAUUGUGUUGCGGGAUUGGGAAGGGCACCUGUGCUGGUUGCACUUGCUUUGAUUGAAUGUGGAAUGAAGUAUGAAGAUGCAGUUCAGUUUAUAAGACAAAAAAGAAGGGGAGCAUUCAAUUCCAAACAGCUGCUUUACCUGGAGAAAUACCGACCUAAGAUGCGAUUACGCUUCAGAGAUACCAAUGGGCAUUGCUGUGUUCAGUAGAAAGAAAUAUAAACGAAGGCUGACUUGAUUGUGGCAUUUAGAGGGAACUCUUGGUACCUGGAAAUGUGAAUCUGGAAUCUUGACUGUGUCAUCAAAGUGGUGAUGGAUUCAGUACUCCUCAACCACUCUCCUAAUGAUUGGAAAACAAAAAACAAAAGAAAUCCCUCUAUAACAUGAAUAAAAUGUUUAAGAAAAGAAAAAGAGAAAGAAAAAAGGGAUUACUUCAGUGGAGAAUGGUUUUGCUCUUAGUGUUGCAGUUUGAAUUUCUGCCAGGAUUGAAUUAUUUCAAAAUCUCCUGUCUUUUUAAACUUUUUCAAAAUAGGUCUCUAAGGAAAACCAGCAGAACAUUAGCCUGUGCAUAACCUUCUCUUUGGGGAGCACACUCUUCCAUUAUGCUUGGCACAUAGGUCUAUCUCCCUGUUGUGGAAUUUAUUUCUUUUUUUGUUAUUUGGGGUUAGGGGGUGGGGGCUACAAUUUUCCUCUCUUCUUUCCUUUUCCCCAUCCCUCUUUCCCCCCUGAUACUAGUUGUAGAUGGAAUAGGAGAAGCCCUUGUUGCUGUAGAUGUGCGUGCAGUCUGGCAGCCUUAAGCCCACCUGGGCACUUUUAGAAAAAAACAAAAAACAUUAAAAAAAAAAA